GCCGCUUCCUCUGCCGCUUCCUCGCCGCUUCCCCGCCCCGCCACCGACGCGCCCCCAGUGCGUCACGAUGCCGCUGCGCCGCCGGGGAUUUUCGGGCUACCGCGGCGUCCGCGAGCGUCCCUCCGGCGUCUACUACGCCGAGAUCCGGUCCGGCGACGUCCGCCUCGGCCUCGGCACGUUCGAGACCUCGCACGAGGCCGCCCGCGUGUACGAUGCGGCGGCGUGGCGCAUAGGAAGGCCUCGCGCGCAGAUGAACUUCCACGAUGUCUACACGCGUGAGCAGGCGCAGGCCGUCGCCCCUAUGCCUCGUCUUAUAACAGACCAGGACCGUGAGGACCACCGUCGGCAGCAGCGCCGCCUCCUCAUCACCGAGGAGGACGAGCGAGCCAUGGCGGAGUGGCGUCGGCGCCACGCAGAUGAUGUUGCCGCCGAGAACGCCUUCUGGGCGGAGAGGACGGCAAGGCGCUGCGCGGAGCGGGCGGACAUGCGUCGCGGGAAGACACUGGCCAUAUCGCAGUGCGAUCUCGUUAACACCGGUGGGAAGUCAUUCUUCGGGACAGACGAUGAACGUUGGGAUGACGUGUGGCUCGAUACCUCGGAUAACACCAGCGAGGAUGAUGAAGAUGAGGAGGAGGACGACUCGGAGUAGGUUCUAGUUACACCGUAGUUUUUAUCUAGUUGCACCAUAGUUUUUUAUCUAAUUGCACUGUAGUUCUUUUAUCU